GCGCCAAUAUUCUCGAAUGGGAGUGAAAGUAUCCAGAGCGUUUGGAUAAAUAAUAAAAAAGUGGACAUCAAACAAGCCACAAAAUAAGCAAUCAACCAAUUGAGUUAUAGAGCAAUCAGAAAAUCAAGCGUUUGGAAAGUGGCGGUGUGCGUGAACGCAAACACUUUGUCAACCUCAGCUGGAGUUGUGGCUCCUGCUAGCGACGCUUGUGGUUACUUUUGGUUGAAAAUAUCUCCGUGCAAAUUUCUGCCUUCACUUCGUUAGCACUUCUGCUGUGAAAACCGCGCAAAUUCAAGUAAAUAUGUCCACCGCGGUCUUAGACAACGCGAUGCUCUCAGUCAAUGUGAGGCUGUGGAAGUUUCUCUCCGUACUCUUUGCACGCGAUUGGCGGCGCUGUGUCGCUUUUGUGGCACCCGUUUGUCUAAUGAAUGCAAUGCAGUUCGUUUAUUUGUAUCAACAAUGGGGUGAUUUGGCCACUUUCAUAUUGAAUACCUUCUUUGCGGUCUCCGUUUUCAAUGCCUUGCUGCGUACGUGCCUGAUUAUUAAGAAUCGAGAUAAAUUUGAAGCGCUGAUGGAAGAAUUGGUAACAUUAUACGACAAUAUACAAGAUUCGGACGAUGAUUAUGCAAAGAGCGUGCUGGCCGCAGCUACAAAAAGCGCAAGAAAUAUUUCAAUUUUCAAUUUGUCAGCUUCGUUUUCCGAUUUAGUUGUCGCAAUGGCAUACCCACUUUUUCAGCAACAGAGAGUUCAUCCUUUCGGCGUUGCAUUACCUGUCAUCGAUGUCACACGCUCUCCGCUCUAUGAACUCAUCUAUAUCGGUCAAUUAUCUUUCCCUUUCACUUUGUCCAGCAUGUAUAUGCCCUAUGUAAGUUUAUUCGCCACUUUCGCUAUGUUCGGAAAGGCAGCACUGCAGAUAUUACAAAAUAAUCUCAGAAAUUUAUGCGAUAAGAUGAAAAGUAAAACUGAAAAGGAACUCUUCGAGUUGCUGCGUACGAAUAUCGCCUAUCAUGCGAGAAUCGCUAGAUAUGUAAGUGACUUUAAUGAAUUGGUGACCUACAUGGUACUCAUCGAAUUUCUACUCUUCAGUUGCGUCAUUUGCUCGCUGCUCUUUUGCAUUAAUAUUACAACCUCUAUGGCAGAGAAGAUUUCUAUUGUCAUGUAUAUUGGCACAAUGCUGUAUGUACUUUUCACCUAUUACUGGCAAGCCAAUGGAGUUUUAGAAAUGAGCCUCCUCGUCUCAGAUGCGGCUUACGAAAUGCAAUGGUACAAUUGUAGUCCACGUUUUAAGAGAACUCUACUUACAUUCAUUGCACGCACGCAAAAUCCAUUACAGAUUCGCGUUGGUCAAAUGUAUCCAAUGACAAUGGAGGUAUUUCAAUCACUGCUUAACACAUCGUACUCCUAUUUUACUCUUUUGCAUAAUCUCUAUAAUGAUUAAAAUAUAUAUUAAUAUAUAUUUUAAAAAUAUACUAGCAUAUUGUAGUAAA